GGGGCACGGUGUCUGUUGACGCGAAAAGAAGAUCCUGAUUUUCCUUAAGUGCGGAUUUAGCAAGUUUAAAGAACGUUCUAAAAAUUAUUCAGAAAGAUUCGGUGAGAUUUGUGAAUAAUGUGACGGUUUGGGAAUAUUUCCGCAAUGAGAAAAGAUCGCAAAAAGACAUUUGAAUUGUAGCGCAAUUGGAAAACCUCAAGAAUAUUCAAAACGGGUUUUUGAAAUUUUUUGUGAUGUCUCGUUUGAAGAAACUGCGGAAAUACAAAUAGUUGUGCGACAAAUUGAACUGUGCGUAACUUCAAAAAUAGGGGAUAAAAAUGUUGACACAAUUGUAAAGUGCAAUCUAAAGUUAAGAAAUAUUAUUCUACAAAAAAUUAAAGAGAGUGUGAUCUUGCGACUGUGUUUUUACGGUGUAAAAAUGUUUCUCAAAAAUGUCAUGUGAAAAUAUCUUCCCGCAACGCAUCACGCUGAAAUAGAAAAAAACUAAACACUCAUGCACCGAUAAAUCUAAACUGAUCCACAGCGAUUGAAUGAACAAGUUAUAAUUACGGGAAUAAGAGAGCAAUGUGAAGAGUUUCGAAAUUACGAUAUAGUCGACGCGUUUAACAACCGCUGUCAUUGCGACUGGAGACAAAAAUGCGAGAGAAGACAUGAAUUUUAAAAAUAUAUCGAGAGUACAAAUAUAAACAACAAAGAAGAUAAAAAGGAAUAUUUCUUUUUAAGAUUUACCGCAAGUAGAGAGAAUAUGUCAUCGACCUUCUGUCAUCGGUGCGAGAUUCACAUCUAUCCUUAUCUUGACAUCGUAAGUUAGCGUCGCUGGACGCGGGCCAAGGCAUUUCGGGCGCGUGAACACCGAGUUAACAAGUGUCUCGACAAAUCUCGACACGUGCCCGAGGUGGUGAUACGUCAGGACACGUGCCGCUAUUUAGAAAUAUUAUCCUGCACGCGUCUAUAUGUAUGACACGUGUGCCGAUCGUAUCUUUUAAUUCCCCGAGACGUGACCGAGUGGUGCGUAGAUGCGAUUUGAAAUAUUGCGACCUGUGACGAAGGUGUUUGCACACGAAGAGAGAUUGAAACUUUGAGGUUUCGCUAAAAACAAUUAUCACGCGCGAGUCUGACGCGGACAAUCGAAUGACGUGAGAGACGCAAGAGUCUCUUUGUAACUACGUCUAGUCAAACGGUCUAGUCAUAUCUUCUAAGUAUUUAAAAUAAUAAUAAUAAUGAGAGAUGUGAAUCCGGAGAUUUAGCGACACUGAAUUUACGUUAAAUCAAGAGUUGCAUUGCAAUCAAUAUCAUACUCGUAAGAGCUAAAUAUACAUAUAAGGAUAAACUGAGAUACUUUAAGCUGACUCUUGUGGCGAACGACAGCGAUAUUUCACUAUGUAUUCCAUGGACAACCUAGAGCGGAAUAUGAUGAAUCGGCAGUACAUGUACGAGGCGCACAGCUUCCUGGGGAAUCCGGCGAUUCCGGCACUUCCGCCGCAUUGCGGCGUUCCAACGACGGCGACGCUGCCGGCGGUGAUCCCGUCGCAGCUGCCGUCGUCGCAUCAUCCGUCCGGUAGCACCGGUAGCACCAGCGGUAGCGAGCACUACCCCUACGACGAGAACAGCAGCGACAACGAGAGCGUUUACAGCAGCGAUCAGGAGAAUCACGCGAGAGAACGAAGUCGAAGUAAUCGGCGCAGCGGCGUGUCGGGAAAAUGUCCGAGACAGGUGCAGGUCCAGCAACGGCAAGCAGCGAAUAUGCGGGAGCGCAGGCGAAUGCAGAACAUAAACGACGCCUUCGAGGGUCUGAGAGCGCACAUACCGACUCUGCCGUACGAGAAGAGACUGUCGAAGGUCGACACGCUGAAACUGGCGAUCGGAUACAUUAACUUCCUCAACGAGCUCGUACGGGCGGACAAGGGUAACGAUUCUCUGACGGGCAACAGCGGACUCUCGAGAUGCGCCAAUCGGGACGACUCCAAGAAAAUUAUAGUCCGUGGCAGCGGCGGAAAUCCGUUCAUCUCGCAUUCUCUCUCCUGGUCGAGAAAAUCAGACAUCUCGCCGAACGGCACGAUGUACGCGAAAGUCUGGACGCCGGAAGAUCCGCGAACGUCUAAGAACGGAACGACGUUCGAAUAGACAGUGUAGCGUCGAUGUAGCGCAAUCGACUUGACUCGUAAGACAUUAUUAAUAAGAGAACAAGAUUAAGACACGUGCAUUCUGUUACAUUCCCCGCGUGUUAUUUAGUGUCUAAGACAAAAAAAAAAUUUCUACUAGUCACUAGUUCUGAAACAUGCUUUGUAAAUAGAAGAAUUAGUAGGAUGUAAGCUUAUGGUUUAUACAUAAUCAUGGUGACGUAAGAGAGUGAGACGAUGUAUGUACAGCAAACACAAAAAUAUCUGCAUUGUGAAUAACAAAGCCAAAUAAACAUAUAGUUCCGACAGUUUUGUAUGGCAAGUACUUACUAUUCACCUUUUUUCUGACUCUUGAAAUAUUGU